AUGCUAAAAGCACUCCUAUCGGUGAUCCCCACUAAUUCCAUGACCUGCUUCAAGCUCCCAGCAAGUCUCUGCAAAAGCAUCCAGUCUCAGUUAACCAGGUUUUGGUGGGAUUCAAACACAGAAAUCCGCAAAAUAUGCUGGGUUUCUUGGAAAAGAAUAACAAAGUCAAAAAGAGAAGGUGGCUUGGGACUACGAGACAUUCAGAGUUUCAACGAUGCACUACUAGCAAAACUAUCAUGGAGAAUUCUCAAAAACGCGAAGUGCCUCCUAGCUAAAAUCCUGUUGGGGAAAUACUGUCAAGACAAAAGCUUUUUAGAGGUACCUGUAUCCUCUAACACUUCGCAUGGAUGGAGGGGAAUUCUGAUCGGGCGUGAUUUCCUCCUCAAGCAACUUGGCAAGACCAUUGGGAAUGGAAAAGAAACAUCUCUAUGGAAUGACCCAUGGCUCUCGUUAACCUCUCCUAAGAAACCAAUGGGACCACCUAAUCAACACACCAAAGACUGGCUGGUAUCUAGCUGA